CGGACGUCUCCUCCAGAAUUGUUCGCUCCCCACAGAUGUGACUUCGAUUCGGUUUCGGCCAAUAGUACCUCUCUAACCAAAAAAAAAAAAAAAAUUAAAUACAAAAAAAAAACUGAAACAAGUUUCAUGGGGAGUUGCUCCCCAACUUCUGGGAGUGGAAAUUUCUUUGCCGUUCAGUUCUAGUGUGUGGCUCGGAAGAAAUCACAUAAUCCGUGGCAAUGUGUCGCGGUCAUAUACAAAAAAGGAGUGCCUAAUGCAUAUGUGAAAUGAUCAACCGAAGGCCCAUUUAUCAGCAUCCCCGAAGUGUGCUGCAAAAAGUGUAAAAAUAAACAAGCGAACCGGCAACUAACAAGCAAACAACAGCAAUAACAAUUUGUCAAGUACACAACCACUCCAUAAUACAUAUACACACCGAAAUCCAAAGCAGGUGAAAAUCCAAAUAAACGUAGCGCAAAAAACGCGCGCGAUUUAAAACGCCCCAGAGCCGCGGACAAAGGAUAAUCGCAAUGGCAAGGACCACGGAACUGAAGCUGGCUACGGUGGAGCCCGCGAAAUGAAUUUAUGCCUGUGCAGUUUUCCAUCGAUUUUCGUCUUGCGCCACAACGGACUGGGGAUGAAACACCAAACACAUAAAACGGAUUUGAUAUUAAAAAAAUAUGCAGAAACAAGAAAAAAGGCGCGAGCUGCGCCUGAAGCGAUUCUGGCGCUCCCCAAAGACCACGUCCUCGGAGGACUCCACCGGCUAUGAGAGUCCAACCAGGACGAAGGCGUCCAGCGCCGGCGGCAGCAGCGAUGCCCAGAGAUUUAACCACCUGCACUACACCAGCCUGUCGCAGGGAUCGGGCACCUCGUCCUCGACGGGCGGAGCCACUGCGUCCGGAGCGGGGUCCACGGCGAUUGGGCCGUCCGGCAACAACAAGCCCUCCUGCUCGCUGCCACUUCUGCAGGUGUGGCCCAGCCAGGAUUCGCCGCGUGGGGAGGCGGAUGGGCAGUCCUUUGUGUUCCCCGCCAUCGUGGAGACGAGUGUCAGCAGUCCGAUAGCUUUGGAGGUGGCCAGUGGCAGUGGGAGUAUUGGGAGCACCAACCUGAGUCUGAAUGCCAGGCGGAGCACGAACCACCUCAGCCUGUCCACGGAUCGGCGCAGCUCCCUGUACUGUGAUACCCUGCACGCCGGUGACUCUGGCAUCGAUUCGGUGCAGGCCUCGCCCUCGCCGAACGCCUUCAUCGCUCCGCCGGGGGUUCACACCCUGCCGCUGGGCCAGACUGGAGGUGGAUCCUGCCAUGUGUCGCCCACCAGCACGCCCACCCAGGGAUCGCCGAAUCUGUCCCUCGGGCGGAGGGGCAUGCGGAAUAGCAUUUGUGUGGUGCCGAGUGGCAAUGGGCGGAGGAAAUCGAGUGCCCUCCUCCAUCCGGAUCAUGCCAGACUCUUUGCCCUGCGGAUGAAGCAUGCGGCUGCGUUGGAACGGGCACAAACCUCCCCCGAUCAGACCUCCAUCGAGGAUGCCAACGAGUUUCAUGACAAUGGAUUGCCCACCAAUCUGCGGCUGUGCUCGGCCUCCUCAUCGACGACGUCGUCGCUGACAUCCGUGGCCGCGGUCAGCCUGGGCGGUGCCGGUGGGGGGGGCGGCGGCGGAGGUGGUGGGGGCAGCUCGGGGGCAGGCGGUGCCACCAAUACCACCUGCGGCUCAUCCUCCGGCUCCGCCUACGCUGUGGGCGCGGCGGGCGUCCAGCAGCGCGUCUCCGAUCCCUGGCUGCAGCCGCAAUCCGACCGGGAGCGGGACUCCAGGCACGACGGCAGGCGCAGAUCCUCCACCAUGACGGCGCGGUACUCCCUGUUCGAUGCCUUGGACCUGGAGUACGUGCUCUUGAGGGCCGCUGCCCGGGGUUCCGUGGGUCCGUACAGCCUCAGCGAGUCGAUACACAAGCUCACCUUCACCCAAUCCCUGGCAUUUCCGGCUCUGGCCCGGGGUUUGGCCACCAAGCGGAGGAGAUCUGCGACGCACACCAGCUCCCGGCCACUGAAUCCCCAUGAGUCGGGAUUGAACACCUGCGCCAAGGUGGUCACCGCCGUCGUCCUGGUGGCCCUGUCCUUUAUGGUAUUCCUCAUCGUCUACAAGUUCGUGAGGACGUGAGGUUUGCUCCUGGCCCCGUCGCCAGAGCUCCCAGUCACAUAUCAGGCCAACUACGGAGCGGAGGAGGGGUCCUCACUGUCCCCAUCGUCCUCCAUCAUCUCAUCGGCGGGCCGCAGUCUGGGCAAGCACAUGGCGGGGUUCAGGAGCAAGUUGGGUCGGCGCCAGGAAGGCGACUUCGAGUGAUCGUUAAGCAAACGCUAGAACAGGCAUUGAGAAAACUGGUCGGCAACAUUUGUACUAUUCGAGAUGGUAGCCAUAUAUGUUUUUCCAUUAAAGCAGAACCCUUUAUAACAAUAUUAACAUUUUAAAACCGAUUUUGAACUAGUUUUAAAAAAUUUUUUGAUAAACAAUUAAAUUUUAAAGAUAUUUCAUAUAAUUCAUUUAAAUGAAUUUCUGUUUAGAUUUCUCUUAGUUUCUUAUUUAGGCAAAAAUAAAUAAACAAUAAAAAGUUAUCCAAAUAAU